GCAUGUUUUUUUUAUUGCAGCAUCUCACAUGCACAUCUAUUAAUUAACAGAGAGCCCCAAAAAUAGUGAUGGCGCAUCUCAUGACAAAGCAUUUCAGAGAUGCUUCAGUACAGUGGCACCGGAAGUGAGACACAGGCAAAAACAAGAUUACGGAAAGAGUGGUGAGAGAGAGAGAGAGAGAGAGAGAGAGACGUGCGCUGUAUCAGCCAGAUGGGUAGACAACAAAUAUCUGUAGAUUUCAUCCAGACACCUUCUCUGGAUUACUGUAUUUUACAGUCUAUGUUUUAGAGCUUUUUAAAGACCUGCAGAAAGGUCGCUAUGAGUUUGUGAAAUUCAUAAUAUGAGAUCAGAAAUCCUUCUUAACCUCCAGAGCGUCACCCUUCAGUGAUCAGAAAGCCUCCUUGUGACUCAGCUGUUCCCAGAAUUAGGCAACUGAAAAACAACACGACUAGGCAGAGGUCAUGGCAGAUUCUUGCCCAGACACCUUUGAUGGUGAGAUUAUAGGCAUUUCUGAGGGACAGCAGUUAAACACAACCAAAAAUGAGGACUUUGAUGCUGUUAAACCACAGGACAAGGAAGUCAGCCAAAAAGAGGGUGUCACCAACGCUGAGCAAUCCUCUGGGAGUAUUUCUCACCUUAUGAAAGAUGACCUUAUAACAUGCAAAAAUCCUCCAACAACCACAGCUUCCCUUGAAGACGAAGUUAAUGCAACUCUGUCUGCGACCAGUAAAAGCCAAGACAAAACCGAUGAAUCUGAGAUCAUCAAUAGCCAAUCUUACACGCCCAGCCAAUCAGAGGUGACGCCCACUUUCUCCAUGGCCAGUCUGGAGUUCUCCGAGGAGACUAAUGGGAUUCCUCCUGAUAGACCUUUGAUUUCAUCCAAAUCUGCUGAGGAUGGCAACCAAGUCCCCUCUCAGGGGAGCGGAGGGGCCUGUGUGGGGGCUGCGAGGGCAUCAGAGCCUAGCAUGCCGGCAUAUUAUUUUGUCAAGUGGAUUACCUGGAAAGAGAAGAAGACGGCUAUUAUCACACAGAGCGAGAACGGACCCUGCCCCCUGAUUGCCAUCAUGAACAUCCUGUUGUUGCGGUGGAAGGUGAAGUUACCGGCUCAGAUGGAAGUGGUCACCACUGAAGAGCUGAUGGCUCACCUUGGUGAAUGUGUGCUGUCCAUCAAACCGCGGGAGGAAGCAGAGGGCAUGGAGCUCAAUUUCCAGCAGAACAUGAGCGAUGUGAUGGCUGUGCUGCCAAAGUUGUCCACGGGCCUCGACGUUAAUGUACGUUUUACAGGUGUGUCGGAUUUUGAGUACACGCCUGAAUGCAUCGUCUUCGAUCUGCUUGAUAUUCCGCUCUACCACGGCUGGCUUGUCGACCCACAGAGUCCUGAGGUGGUGUCUGCAGUGGGCAAACUCAGCUACAACCAACUGGUGGAGAAGAUCAUCGAGUUUAAGCACUCGAAAGAUAGCAGUCAAGUCAGCGAAGGUUUGAUAGCAGAGCAAUUUUUGGAGUCCACAGCAACCCAGCUGUCAUAUCACGGCCUGUGUGAGCUCAACACGACAGCCAAGGAGGGCGAACUGUCUGUGUUUUUCAGGAACAACCACUUCAGCACUAUGAUAAAGCACAAGGGUCACCUUUACCUGCUGGUCACAGAUCAGGGUUUCCUGCAGGAGGAGAGCGUAGUGUGGGAGAGUCUCCAUAAUGUGGAGGGGGAUGGGAAUUUCUGUGACUCAGACUUCAGAUUGUGCCACCCUUCCCAGAAACCCACAGGAGCCAGCCAGCCCUCUGCACAACAACAGCAGCAAAUGCAGAUCGACCAGGACUACCUGGUGGCGAUGUCCCUGCAGCAGCAGCAGGGUGAAGCUCCCGGACCCUUGAGUGAUCUUGAGCUGGCCAGACAGCUACAGCAGGAGGAGUAUCAGCAGCCACAAACACAACAGCACCAGCCUUCAGCAGGACAGAUGAGAGGUCAGGCCGCAUCUCAGCACGGAGGACAGAGGCGCCGGGAAAAGAAAGACGACUCGGAUUGUUGUAUUCUUUAAGUCAAACUCCACUCACCACCAUAUCCAGACUCUCAAAGCCGCUUCAGUUUCUUCUAUACCUCUACUGAAACAAAGGACUUCACUCUUAGCAGACCUGUCGUCCCAAUGCCAAGCCUGCCUUUACAGUACAGUUGAUCCCCUUGUUUUUGCCUUUCCUUUAUCCUUGUGGUUGGAACUGUUGCUCAUCGUUGUCUACUGGACCAAAUAAAGGUAGCAAUUGUUUCUAAGCAUUAAUGAGCAUUUGUUUGAGUGCUACUGUGGAGCUCCUAACUAUGCCAUUAAAGAUUGAAGACUGUAAUGGUAAAUAAUCAGGUAUUGUAAUAAGAAUUUAAUAUCACACUGAAAUACUAUUGUCUCAAGUUGAUCUGUACAGUUACUGGUCAUUGGCUUUUCAUCCAAAGUGAUAUUUAGUACACUAUACGUACAUUUGAUUGCCUCAGCGCACCGUGGAGCUCCCUGGAUCCUGUAUGCUGAGCUAAUAAAAGCCACCUCUGUGUUAACAGGAAAUGUGUUGAUUUAUGAAA